CGUUUCCAAGUCAUCAACGUUCAUCCUGACUCCCAUCUAGUUACAGUUGCUCGCUACGGAGUACAAUGCCUUCAUUCCAGACCCUCCCACCGGAAGUCACCGUCGCAAUCCUCAGGUAUCUCAAUCCAUUCGACCUACUCUCCGUCCUCCAGACUUUCAACAAAGCACUAUUCAGCGCAGCAGAAAUCGCAUUCAAACCGUAUAAAGAAUGGACUCGCAACGCCCGGAAAAUGGUAGCAUUGUUUCCCCCGCGAAGCAGCCAUAGCACCCGCCGCCUUUGCCCCUCGUAUCCUUCCUACAUCCCGCCCUUGGACCAUGAUAAUGUCUCAGAGCGCGAGGAAAUUCCCAGGAGGGAUUAUGAGGAUCUUUCACUGGAUCGUGAAGGUGGACCGUAUAUUCGAUGCUCCCCGCCUGAUCUAGUAACUUGGAUGAAGCUCAAUGGCUCAUUCGAGUGGCUUGAGCCCCUGGAUAAGGAAAUGGCGGAGGAGAUGCUGCCACAUACCGGAGUUGAAGGCGAUCGGCCUGUAGCGCCAAAAGCUGACGUCGAUGCUCUCGUCAAGCAAGUCAGCGAUUUGGGUCUUGUGCUCCCCACAGGAUUUGAGGCAUUUGUCCGAAGCAACAGACUGCACCACCGUAUUCCGAGCACUUCGGCCUGGUACUUCCGGCUCUCAAAGCUCAUCAAAUGUCCAGCCGCCAUUGACGAUGACCAAGGAGGCUAUCUAUGCCGUUUUCAUUUCGACCAGCAACACUGUGCUUUUGCAUACCUGUAUCUGAGCCCAUCGGGUGGUCAUUGCGUUUUGCUAUCGCAGGUUGACGUGUACGCAUGCUCCAACGAUGACGACGAAAUCAACGGAGGGCAAGCGGAUGGAGAUAAUGCUGUGGACGAGGGAGGAGAUGCGCAUGACGACAGCGAGCUUACAAAGGAAUACUUCUCCCUCGCUGGCCUUUCAUUUGAGGAGUAUCUUGUGACAGUCUACUUUGAGGGACUGCUUAGUUUUGAGGCUGAUACUUUCGAGGGACUGAAGGAUUUUGUCAGGCAUGUUUAUCGCUCGCCUAGAGAGGUUGAACAUCUGCGUGAAACGAAUGAAGCGAUUAAGGUGUUCCUCGAUGCGCAGAAGUGGAAGGGUGUAGAGCAUUACAGGCAAAGCAUUAGCGAUUAAGCUCCCGUCCUCAUUCUCUUCUUCGCUCAUCGCUAUUUGGCGAUCCCGCAGGGACUUCGCUGAAGAACUUCAAUUAUUAUACUAGCGGCUGGUGAUUUUAAUACUUGAAGAGCAAGGUUGCUAUCACACAGGUUACAAGACUUUGACACUUUGUCCUUGGACUCAGAUGUGCAGCGAAAUCGGAUGGGACUAUUCCCAACGUCUUAGCUUGUACUGGAAGUAAACCCAAGUUCGAAUCCUUUGAAUUGCAAUACUAUGAGGCAGUAGGAGUUUUGAAGACCCCGCGC